CACGUGGAAUUGUUGAUUGCCACGCUAAAAUAGGUUACCAGGGCGCGCUCCAGCAAAACCGUUCGAAAGAGAGGCGAAAACUGAACGUGAUCUGCGAGCUGGCAUAUCGGGACGCUGAAAACUUGCUUUUGAUAACAGCUGCGUGUUUAAUUAGGCGGUGCGGCGACAGGAUAGGCUCGGAGGGGCUCCCGACAGUAGGGUGGUAUGGCAGACGCUGGCCGCGCACCACCCGUGGGCCUGGGCCCUCAGGCCGGGGGCGCUGGUGGUGGCGGCGGUGAUGACGUGGAUGAGGUGCUCAUGGAGCACGUGGCCGAGCUGAUCCAGCUGAUCACAGAAUACCGGGGCCAGGCCGCGGAGGGGGCGCAGAUGCUGGCAGCAGACCCCGACAACCCGAUUGCACAGGAGGCGUUCAGCAUGAUACAGGACGCCCUCAACGGCGCUUAUCUCACACUGGCCGAGCACGGCCUCACCGUCACCGACGCCGGUGAGGUUGUGCCAGUGGACAGUGAGGAGGCGGCCGCGGGCGCGGCAGCGGCGCUGGCGGGCGCGGCGGCGGCGCGCGAGGCGGCGGAAGCCAUCCCCGCCUCCGGCGAGACUGUGGAGGAGGCAUUGGAGAAGACGGCGACCGCCAUUGCAGCGGCAGGGGCGGCGGACCCCGACGCAGCGAAUGCCGUGGUUGCGAAGGGAGUGGUUGCGUCGGCCGUGGCAGGCGUGCUGAACGGCAGCCAGAACGCGCGGGACGACAGCCCAGGGCCGCCGGGCCAGGCUGCGCACGGGAGGCCGCGGCAGCACGGCGGUAACAACCAGGCGCCGACAGCAGCCGCCGCGGCGGCAGAGGCAGCGGACGCCGCCGCGAUGCCGCCGCCGCGCGCGGCGCCGGGCGGCGCCGGCGCAGCUGCGCGGCCCCGCGGCGGCGCCGGCGGCAACGCGCGCAUGCACCCGGCCAACCGCUACUACCGGUCGGAGCCAGACUUUGCCGCACUGGCUGAGCGGUAUGAGGAGCUGCGGCCGUACGUCACCGUGGACCCCAGCGGCCGCGCGCACCUGGACACCACCAGCUGGGCCGCCACUCGCGCGCUGACGGCCUGCCUGCUGCGGGACGACUUUGGUCUGGCCUGGUGGCUGCCCGAGGGGCAGUUGGUGCCGCCCGUCACCAACCGCGCCAACUACCUGCACUGGGUCAACGACCUGUUGGCACUGUCGGCGCCCGAGGAGACACACGGCGGCGCAGCAGGCGAGCUGCUGCCGCUGCGCGGUCUGGACAUCGGCUGCGGCGCCAACUUCAUCUACUGCCUGCUGGGCGCCGUGCUGUACGGCUGGAGCAUGAGCGGCGUGGACGUCACGGCCACGGCGGUGCGCUGCUGCCGCAAGCUCAUUGCAGACAACCCGCAGCUGUCGGGCCUGCUGGAGCUCCGAGACCUGUCGCACCUGCACCCAGAACUGCAGCGACCUAGUGCCGCGGCACCCCUGGACGCGGCCCGGGCGGCGGGCGGGCGGCGCGGGCGCAAGCGCACGGCGGCGGAGGCAGCGGACGCAGCAGAGGCCGCAGGAACCGCGGACGCUGCCGGCGCGGCUGGGGCUGCGGACCAGCAGGACUGUGGAGAGGGCGGCGAGGGUGGGGCAGCGGCGGGGCAGGCGGGGGAGGAAGGCAGCCCCGAUGCCGGCCCUGGGAGGGGCGGGGCCAGCUCCCACGACGCAUCUGCCACGGGCAGCUCCAACCUCGAGGUCGGCAUCUUGUUUCCAGCGUUCGCGGACGACGAGGAGACGUUCGCUUUCACCAUGUGCAACCCGCCCUUCUUCGAAAGCAUGGCAGAGGCUGCACGCAACCCCAACACAGCCUUCGGAGGCACGGCGGCGGAGAUGGUGUGCCCUGGCGGCGAGCUGGCGUUCGUGUUGCAGAUGGUGGCGGAGAGCGAGGAGCUGCAAGACAGGGUGCACUGGUUCACAACCAUGGUGGGCAAGAAGGACACACUCAAGGCGGUCAAGAAGGAACUGCACUCGCGCCACAUCACACAGCUGCGGACCACAGAGCUGGCGCAGGGCAAGACGUCUCGCUGGGCGGUGGCCUGGUCCUGGCAGGUGGACCCAAAUAAGGCGAUGCAGCCGCUAAGGCGCCUGGAGGAUGCGGCGGCGCCAUCAGCGGCGGGGGUCGCAGCAGCAGGAGGAGCAGCAGCGGGCGUGACUGCCGGCUCGGCUGCGGGCGCGGCGCGCGCGGCACGGCAGCAGGCGCUGGCAUCGGCGGCGGCAGGCCCAACCCUCGCGGCCGCGGGAUUGCAAGUGCUGCCACGUCGCCAUGUGGGGUUCACGGUGCAAAAGUCCGGCGUGCUGGACGGGCGGGUGCUGCUGCAGCGGCUGCAGGCGCUGCUGCAGGAGGGCGGCUGUGGGCCCGUGACUGCUGACCUGGCGCGUUGGAGCCUGACGUGGCCGCUGCAGGUACGGCCUUCCGGUGGCGAAGGACUUUCCGGCUCCGCAGCUGGUGCUGGCCUCCUGCCGACCGGCAUCACGGCGCGCCUGAUGGUCGCCCAGCAGCAGCGCGGGCGAGUGGAGGUGGUGGCGAGCAUUCCCAACGCCGCGCCGGACACAGCAGCCCGCGCCUUCGCCGGGCUCAUGGCAGAGCUGGAGGCGGCUGUGUCGGCCGAGUACCGGCAGUAGCAGCCUGAGCAGUUGCAGAGGCGACCAGUUUGCAUUAGAAGCCAUGAAGAGCUGGCCGGGUGGCACCAUUGCAGCAGUGUUCGGGUGCGUCUGGAUUCGGCCGUUCGGCGUGGGACGCGUGUACGCUGUUGCCUCCUGGCUGUGAGCUACAACAGGUGACGGAUAGUCUGCGACGCUAUGUUACAGUUUGUUUUUGGCAACUACAAAGUUUCCCCUCGUUUAGAACACAGCGUUGAUACGUUGGCAAGUGUGUUAUGGCCGGUUUGGCCCCGUGUGGCUGUCGGACCCGUGUUACGUUGUUAUGGCCUUACGGGUCCAUCGCGCGCAACUCUGCAUCACGCCUGGUCCCACGACCGGGCACGCCUCGAAACCAUCACUGAU